UUAUGCUGUAAUAAUAUGCUAUACACAACAAAAAAUAAAAUAAAACAUUAAUUAAUUUUGUUUUGCUUCUUACUUGCGUUGUGUUGUGUGCUCUUUCUGACUCACGACCCGUCCACAUAUAUUAUAUAUGUUAGUCUUCUGUCUUUACAUGGCUUGUUGCUUCUCAUUCACUUCGAGCUUUGUCUUUGUUGUAUAUCUGUGGAGAACCACAUUACUUAUGCACCAAUUGACUAACACCCCAUUACAAGGACCUGUGUUUGUGUCCACUUUUGGUUUGUCUUCUUGUUAGUCUCAGAAUAUGAUCUUUGCAUCAGUGUUAUUCCUUCUUCCUCUUCCCUACCCAGUUUGGCCUUCUCAUGUCUCUCCCUUCCUUGGAUUAUCUUUUGUGUAAGAUAAGUUCCAGAAAGUCAAUUAAAGACAUUUUAGUGAUUUGUUUUGUGUUUCAGUUUUUUCAUUUAUUUGUUUUAAGUUAUGGAAGCUUGUUGCUGCAAUCUUGAAGUGGAUGUAAAUGGAGAAGAGACCUUCAUGGUGGACAAGACAGUUAUUACUCAGUACUCAAGCAAAUUUGCUAAAUUAUUUGGAAAAUCUAGUAGUGGUUGCACUGGAAAGCUUAAAGUGAUAUUCCAUGAUUUUCCAGGAGGUGCAGAAGGUUUUGAGCUUAUGUUAAAAUUCUGUUAUAACAAUGGAACAACCAAUAUAAGUCCCUCCAAUUUGUUUCUUGCGCGUAGUGCUGCUGAAUACAUGGACAUGAAGGAACCUGUUGCUGAUGUUUCUAACUUAUUGGAACAAACAGAAAAGUCACUCCAAGAGAUUAGCUAUUGGACAUGGUCAGAACUUUUAAUUGCUUUGAAGCAGUGCCAGAAUUUACUGGUGGCAGAUUCUUCUGUGAUGGUAGAAAGAUGCUUGGACUCUGUAGUGGGAAGGCUGGUUUUGGCUAGUGAAGCAAGUCCAUGUCCAUCUACUUCUUCCACAGAUAGUUCUUGGAUUCGGUUUUCGUGUGAUUCUAAAAGUACUGAGAGUAUAAAGACAAAUUUCUCUCGUUCAAUAUGGUGGUUUGAAGAUCUCCUAUUUUUGAGUCCGUUGUUGGUUGUAAUGUUGGUUAAGUCAAUGCUUUCGCGUAAGUUGGAUCAUGUUGUCAUUGGCAGGUUUUUGCUCUAUUAUCAGAAGGCAAAAUUUCCCACUUCUACUAUGGAUGAGAAGAGCAAGAUAAUAGAAAUGGUGAUAGAUAUGCAUUAUGAAAUGGAUCAAAGUUCUGUUUCUUGCAAGAUUUUAUUUGGGAUUCUUCGGGUUACUUUGGGUUUGAACAUAAGCAAAUAUAGCAGGAAUAAGUUGGAGACUAUGAUUGGUUCCCAAUUGGAUCAAGCAACCUUGGACAAUUUGCUUGUUCCUUCUCCUUAUGGAAUAAGCUACUUAUAUGAUGUGAACCUUGUUUUGAGAUUUUUGAAAGCAUUCCUGCAUCAGGGAAAUGGUCUAGUCACCCCAAUUCAGAUGAGAAAAGUUGCUAGCUUAAUAGAUUUGUAUAUAGCAGAAAUAGCCCCUGAUCCUUGUUUGAAAACUUCGAAGUUCUUGGCCCUUGCCACGGCACUCCCAGAUUCUGCUAGAGAUUCUUAUGAUGAGCUCUACCAUGCAAUGGACAUGUAUCUUGAGGUACAUACUCAAUUGUCACAAGAAGAAAGGCUGAAGAUAUGCUGUGGUUUAAAUUAUGAGAAGCUUUCCCCUCAAACUUGCUCACACCUUUCUCAGAACACAAAAUUUCCUUCAAAAACUACAGUUCAAGCUCUCAUCUCUAAGCAAUCUAAGCUAAAAAAUUUACUCCAUGUUACUCCUAGCACAACUCCGUGCAAUGAUUCACCAUGCAGCUCCAGUGGUGCUGCUCAAAAGGGAAAGAAAGACAAAAUCAAUGAACAGGUGGUGUUGUAUGCUGACAAUUUUGAUCUUUCAGCUGAUAAUGAGAAACUGAGAGCACAUUUGCGAGGAAUGCAGUGGAGGGUAAUGGAAUUAGAAAAAUUCUGUAGGAAAAUGCAAGUACAGAUGGCAAAGAUUACGAAAUCAAAAGGAUCAGGCCAUAGCUAUGCAAAGUCUUUGCCCAAGUUCUGUUCAUGACACUUCUUUUUUUGGAUUUUAUUUAUUUUUCCUUCGUAAUUUUCA